CUCUCUCUCUCUCUUAUUUGGGUUUGGGGCAUUAUAGAUACAUAUAUAUAUAUAAAUAUAUAUGCGUGCUAUAUUUGGUGGAGUACACGCUGACGCAGCAACAGACCAGAAACAGAGAGAUAUUCCUCUUCCUCCUCCAACGCUGCGAGCUAGGGAAGAAUGUCGUACGACUACCUCUUCAAGUACAUAAUCAUCGGAGACACAGUGAGUUUGUAGGUGUCGGAAAAUCGUGUUUGCUUUUGCAAUUUACGGAUAAGAGGUUCCAGCCGGUGCACGACCUCACAAUCGGAGUUGAAUUUGGUGCUCGGAUGGUUACUAUUGACGGCAGGCCGAUUAAGCUUCAGAUUUGGGACACUGCUGGCCAAGAGUCGUUUCGAUCCAUCACGAGGUCAUAUUACAGAGGUGCAGCUGGCGCGCUUCUGGUUUAUGACAUCACUAGGAGGGAAACCUUUAAUCAUCUUGCAAGCUGGCUGGAAGAUGCUAGGCAGCACGCAAAUCCAAAUAUGACAAUCAUCCUUAUAGGAAACAAAAGUGAUCUUGCUCAUCGAAGAGCAGUAAGCAAGGAUGAGGGAGAACAGUUUGCAAAAGAAAAUGGGCUUCUAUUCUUGGAGGCAUCUGCCAGAACAGCCCAAAAUGUUGAGGAGGCAUUCACAAGGACUGCAGCCAAGAUACUUCAGAAGAUACAGGAAGGAGUCUUUGAUCUAUCGAACGAGUCAUCCGGCAUCAAAGUUGGCUAUGUACGUCCUCAGGGCUCAGGAGGUGGGAGAGAGGGAGCUGUUGCUCAAAGAGGUGGAUGUUGCAGCUGAUUGUAGAUAUAUCAAAGUUGCUGAAAGAGGUCAAUCCUCCCUCCGAUCGUAGAUAUAUAAAGGGGUUGUAACCUUCUAGUGUCUGCCAAUCUGCUUCCAUGAAUUCAGAAUCUGAUUGUUUGAAAGAAAUUGCACAGUUCAAGUUAUUUAAAUGAACUGGCAUAGGAAAAUUAAACGCAACCUCUAUGGAGAUUCAGUUGCAUAGAUGCGAUAAACUUUGACUGGUUCUGAUGUAUAUUGUCCUCUAAUUAUAUCCUAUCAUAUUGAUUCCUUUUAACGUAUUUUCUCUCACUUCA